AUGCGGCCGCUGCUCAAAAAAGAGGCUAAAGACUGGAAAAAUUGUACGCCCCUGCACUGGGCUGCUAAGUACGGGCGCAAAGCAGUCACACGGCAGCUACUCGAGGAGGGUGCCGAAAAAGAGACUCAAGAUUCAGAUGGCUGGAGGCCGCUACACUGGGCCGUCGAGAACGGGCAUGAAGAAGUUGUGCGCGAGCUGCUCGCCGCGGGGGCUGAUAAGGAGGCUCAACCUAGGUAUGACUGUACGUGGAGGCCGCUACACCGGGCCGUUGAGCGCGAUCACAAGGCAAUCGUGUGGGAACUACUCGCCGCAGGCGCCAAUACGGAGGCUAUGGACGGCUAUUGCUGGACGCCACUAGCUAGAGCCGCCAGCGACGGGAACGAGGGGAUGGUUCGAGAACUACUCGCCGGGGGCGCCGAUAAGGAGGCUAGAGUGCACGGCAUGACGCCGCUACUCUGGGCCGUUCAGGAUGGGCACGAGGCAGUCGUGCGGAGGCUGCUCGCCGGAGGCGCCGAUAAGGAAGCUAGAGCGUGUGACAAGACGCCGCUCCACUGGGCCGCCGAGCACGGGCACAAGGCGAUCGCGCGGGAACUGAUAGCCGCGGGAGCUGACAAGGAGGCUAAAACCUCGGGUGGCAUGUUGCCACUAUACUUGGCCACCGAGCGCGGACACGAGGCGGUCACGCACUUGCUUAACGUGGGCGCUGAUUUCUAG